AUGAGGCCUCUAUAUUGUGGGAAUCUUGAAUUUGAUGCUCGUGAAUCUGAUAUUGAACGCCUCUUCAGAAGAUAUGGGAGGGUUGAGAGGGUGGAUUUGAAAACUGGUUUUGCUUUCAUCUACAUGGAAGAUGAACGUGGUGCAGAGGAUGCUAUCAGGAAACUCGACCAGAUACAAUUUGGUAGAAAAGGACGCAGACUUCGUAUCGAGUGGAGUAAGCAAGAACGUGAGCAUGGUGGGAGAAGGCCUGACAGCUCCAGAAGAUUCCCUACCAACUCGAGGCCUUCGAGAACUCUGUUUGUUGUCAACUUUGACCCUGACUACACGAGCACCAUAGAUAUCGAAAGGCAUUUCAAACAGUAUGGGAAAGUAUUAAAUGUCAGGAUUAAAAAGAAUUUCGCAUUUGUGCAGUUUGAGUUGCAGGAAGAUGCCACCCGUGCUUUAGAAGCCACUAACAUGAGUAAGUUCAUGGACCAAGUUAUUUCGGUAGAGUAUGGAAAACGGGAUGACGAUGGCAAGAGAAAUGAUUAUAGCCCUGAGAGUAGAGGCCGAGAUUCGUCCCCCGACCGGAGAAAUUACAGUACAAGACGUUCCCCAAGCCCAUACCGUGGGGACAGGGGCAGCCCUGAUUACGGACAUGGUGCAGGCCCCAUUUCAAGAUCCGGGCCUGAAAGCCCAACCGCCAAUCGGAGACACAAGAGUCGUCCGCCCGAAGCCCCAUAA